CAAAAAAAAAAAGCACAAUUCAAAUUUCAGUUUCCCAAUUUCAUAAUUCCCGAAAUUACCAAUUUUAUUAUCGGAAUUGGAAAUUUCAUAAACCCUAGGGAUUUGUGCAGCCUCCUGACGCUCCCAGGCGCCAUUGAUGAGCUUCCCUCCCUUUUUUUCCACAAUUUGAAUCUCUCUCUCUCUCUCCUCACUUUCUCUCUCUACACACUGUCACCGGCUCAUCGCAUUUAACUCCGAUGAGGAAGAAGAAGAAGGACGAUCGCGAACCCUUCUUUAAAACACUAAACAUUCUCUCCCCUUUCCGUUGCUCCAAGGCCCGCCACAUCCGCAUCGCCGACAUACUCGUUGAUGAAGAAUUGGGAUCCGAAACCGACGGCUACGAUUGCUCCGGAGACUUCAAUAUGGAGAGAGACCCACACCGCCUCCCCGAGGACGACGGAUUCAUGGCCUUACAGUGCUCGUCCCCGCUUUAUAUUAUUUCCCGAUGGUUGUCGACUCUGAAACGAGGCAAACGGAGGCGAUGCGGCGUCGUACGGAGCCAGAAGAGACCGAAAGAGGUCGCGAAGACGGAGAGGGAGACUGGCGACGACGAGUCAACGCACGCCACCGGUUCGACGAAGGGAUUGAACGGCGGUGGCGGGGAAACAGAAUCAAGACAGAUUGUGAAGGAUACGAGCUCAUUCAAUUUGGGAGUUGCGUGCGGUUUGGUGUAUCUGAUCGUCGCCGGUAAAAAUGAACUUGCAAAGACGGCGGAGUUGCGGGCGGAGAUGGAGCAGUUGCUUCAAAAUGCAAAAGAGGAACUGCAGAGCAAGAAUUCGCGUUUCGGUUCCAGGCCGGUGGAGUCGAAUGAGAUGAAUUUUGCUUCUUCCACCACCGAUCUCCAACAGGCUUCGAGUUCGAGCUCUGAGAGCCGGUUUUCACUUCAAUCUGGCCUGGUCCGUGAAGUGUGCUCGGAAUUUGUUAGAAAUGGAAGAGGACAAGGAGAAAGGGAUGAAUGCGUGGAGGGAAUGGAUCAACUCGAGGCGGAGCUUGAAUCGGAGUUGGAACGAUUGCAGCUGCAUUUGGAAUUGGAUUCGGAAAAUCAUUCAUCCAAUUCUAACUACACGCAGCAGCAAAGAUUAAACGCUGUCCAAGACACAGCUCAUGGGACAGGCGACGAUACCUCAGAUUUUGGAGAAGAAAUCGACGCACAUGGAGCAGAACCAGCAGAUUAUAACGAAAUCCCCUGCGACUACGGAGUUCCUGCACUCGAACUGGAGAGAAGGCUGCACGAACUGCUGGAAGCGAGGCAGGAAGAACGGAUAAAGGAGCUUGAAGUUGCAUUGGAGUACACGAAGCGCAAGCUUCAUGAGAAGGAAAUGGAGGUUUCGUGGUGGAGACAAAAUGCGUCUGCAGCACUCACAUCGCACCGCCAUCAAGAUCCUUCAUCCUCCGGUCCUUCCCAGCACAGUUCGGAGAGUACAUUUCACUUGUUUAGAAACAGUAAGGAUAUCGAGAGCAUUAGUAGCAAAGGGUGAGGUUGAAUAAAAUGGUUUGUGAUUACCAUUACAUGUGAGUCUUCUUAGCGACAGCGGAAACACCAAAUGGUGAUUUGAGGCUUACCACGGAUGAAGAAUCGCUCAGCCAGGUGAGACCAAGAGGCUGUGUUUAGAUUUAGUUCCUGAAAGUCUUCAUUUGGCCCGAAAACUACUUUUUCUCGGCACAUUUCUUCGGACACAAGCAAUCGACUUUGUGCUUUUUGUGUGAUUCUGUUAAAGAUGGGUUUGCAGAGGACAUGGGGCUAUACCUCUUCUCUACUUGCUGCUUCAGCAGGCAUCAGUCCUCCUUUGAAGUAGUUGCUUGGGCUGCAAGUGUUCUAAAAGUCUCCCCCUAGCGCUGCUUAGGGCUCGCCUGGGGGGUGUCUAGACCUGCUUAGGCUCUCGCCUAGAUUGCGUAGAUCCGUUGAGGUUGCGACGCUCAACUAGAGAGAAAAUAAAUAACUUCCAUUUUGCAUUUUAUUUUUUCAAUAAAUUAUAAGAGAUUUGUUGGAUACUUGGAUGAACAAUUAUUAUAUGUUUGUUUCUUAUAUUUUGAAUAUGUUCUAAUACUU